CAAGCGUCGAUUCGCUUCAUACCAAAUCACCCAUAUUUGCCUUUUCACUUCACUGCUAACCGCCAUGGAUGAGCUACAGAAGCAUAUUUAACAUUUUUCAUCACUAGAUAAAAAUGGAGGCUGUGAAGAAAGCAUACGCGGGGAUAAUUUUGAACAUGGCAAAGGAGGCGGCAGCUCGUGUAAUGGCAUCGGAGAAAAAAGCUCUUAAGUUUCAGCAGGAUCUGCAUUCUACGAAAGAGGAAGCCCUUCGUAUGCUGCUUCGUUUGAAAUUAAUCAUUGAUGCUAAGACUACUGAAGCUGAGAGUUUGUCUCAAAAUCAACAAAGAAGAAUUGAUGAAUUAGAAGCUCAGCUUAAUGAAGCUGAAGGGCUGAUAAUUGAUCUUAGAGCAGAAUUGCAUGAUGUGCAUGAACAGUUGAAUGAAGCAAAAAAUAUGCCUCUCCAUCACCUGAGACCACAUGCAAAAGAGGAUUUGGUUUGUCGCAACAGUAUCAUGGCCAAGUCAAAUGUAAAUAAUUCAGAGUCGUUAAAAUUCCCUACCGAAUUGGGAUCCAAGGUCUGCAAAUCAGCAGACAUGUCAGACACAGCAUUGUGCAAUUACUCAAAGGACAACCUUAAUGAGCCAGAGAUUUAUAAAAAUGGAUGGUGUGCAAUAGCGAUGAGCUUAGCAGAUGAGAGAUUGCAUUCUGGAGAUGAUCCAAGUUUUCCCAUUAAAGUUACACAGGUCACUGAACCUAGUGGACGAGAUGGUGAAGCACAUAUUGCACCAUCAUCUAAAGCUAUGAAAGCAGAGAAUUUAGUUGGCGAAGAACAGCUUAAGGGCCAUGCCUCUAUGCAGCGGCCCUAUACAUUCCUAGGAAAAAGGCGAAGAAAAGCUCGAUAUGGCAAAACCAAAAAUAGCUUUUGCAAGGCUCGUUGUAAUAAGCUGGUGUUUUCUCAACGACCAUUGCCAGCAAUUUCUCGUUGUUCUGCAAGAUACUUGCACACAGACACUUUGUAUGACAGUCCUAAUAGUCCUUCCACCAAUACUGAGAGAAAUAAUGUAGCAGGAAGUUCUUUUGUGUCAGGUAAAGAAGGGCCACAAAACAAGGGUCUAAACAUUGCUGUUGCUCGUAGAAGCAUUAGGAAAAGACGCGUCAAAUACCUGGACGUUAGUUGCCCUCCAUCAUUGUCACAUAGCUCCUUUUCUAAUCAGCCAAUGAGACCUGGACUGCAAUUUCCAUCUUUUCCUAAUAGCAAGUCCAAUGCAGCUGAAUGCACUGUGAAAUCGACGAAAUUAGGAGGUGAAGGUGGUAUUAAAGAGGGUACUAGUUUUCAAGCGGCAUCCUUAGGUUUCACUGUAGAAAACAUGAUAUGUAGAAAGUUUGCAUGUGCAGAUAAUGAUGCACACAAGGACGACACAGAAUUGAUAGAUGUCUCAGUGAUGGUAGAGGAGGGUGAUGAUCAACCGCUGCUCAACUUCGGCGUGUUACCAGUUGAAUCUAUCCUUGGAGAUACCAAAGCAUCUGAAGGAAGUAAGGAAUCAAACCUUCAAGGUAACAAUAUGACGCCUCUCAAGUAUACGUUCAGCAGGAAGCGUAAGAAAGAUAACUUGUUGAACCCAAAUGAGAACUCUUCUCCAGAUUGCUCAGUGAAGAAAAAGUCUGUAGAGAUAGAAAACAUUGAUCCAAGAUUGCAGGAUUCAGAAGCGUUGAAAGAUUCACCUUUAAGAAGUAAACAUUUGGUCCAGGUUGCCCAUCAGCUUAUCUCUCUGUCUGGAAGAAGCUGGUGGCAUUAGUUUUGCAGUCCUAUAGAUGUUGAAGAACGUAAAUUUAUAAGGCUUUUUGAGGAAUGUAAUUCCAUAUUUAUUCAAUUUUCGGGUACAUCAGCAAUGGCUUAAUAUAUAGUUGAAGAGUUGUUCUUUCCUAUCUCUGGCGGAUUAUCGUGUAAUUAUCCUGGCAAUAUGAUAGUUGAGCUGUUUUCU